UGCACGAAAUCAGCUGAUUAGCCGGCCUGCUUUUCGACAAAUGUUUUCAUAACGCGCCUUUGAUUGAAAUUCGAUUGAAUUGAGUGAAUUAACAGUGAAGAUCUGAACCCAGCCAUGUGGACAAGGACGCACUGCCUCUGGCGCAGUGUGGGGCGCGUGGGCCGCCAGUUGUGCACCACAAGCGUUGCGCAGGCGCGGAUUUUCGCUGAUCGCGAGAAUCAGUUUGCCCACGGGAUCCUCAUGGAUUCCCUGAAACCCUACGCCAUACUGCGUCCCCGGGACUCCGCCUGGCAGGAUCUGCCUGCCACGGAGGGCUUCAUGCGGCCACCAAUUGGAAACGCCAAUCCUGCCGAUCUGUACGCCGACUUCCUCGGCCUGGUGAGGCACUGCAUCCGGCUGGAACUGCAAAUUAGCGAUGCCCGCUACGACGAAUUCACUCGCUUCUUUUGCGAGCAGCUGCACCGCCUCACGGACGAACAGCUCGUGGGAUCGCUCAGCGCCUUAGCCGAGCUGCCCACACCGGAAUCGACGAAAACCCACAACUACAUGGAACUGUGGAACACCCUGGACAUCGAGAGCUGUCGGCGCAUCGAGCGUUGGUCCAGCGAGCAGCUGCUGCUCGUGAGCGACGCUUGGUAUCGCCUGGGUCUGGUCAGGAUCGGGGAGUACGUAUGGCUAGCCGUCAAGAAGCUUGGCCGCAAGUUGCGCAAACUGCCGCCCGAGCAGCUUGUCCACUCCAUGUUUCUGUGCAAUCUGCUGCGGCGACCCGUCUUCGAGAUGUUUGACUUUGAGCUAAAUCUGGCCCGCUGUGUGGACCAGAUGACCCUGCCCGAGCUGGGCGUAAUGGCCAUGGGCUUCUUCAAGACGCAGACCCCCAUCAGAAAUCCGGAGUUGCUGGCGCAAAUCUACCAAAGGCUGGGCAGCGAGCUGGACACCGUGGAGGACAUUCCCCUGGUGGCGUUGCUGAAAGUUCUGCGCUACAGCAGCAAAUUGCCUCAAGUGGAGGCGCUCAAAGAGCUGCUCAGCGCCCUGGAGUCCCAAGUGGAGCGGGUUUCGCUACUCGCUUGCCUGCACAUGGCGCUCCUGGGCUGCGAACUGCAGACCUGCAAUGAUUCGCUGGUGGAACGCAUUCUGCUGAGAUUCGAGCGCGAAUUGGAAACCGCCCGCUUAAAGGAUGUUGAGCGCAUCUGCUUGGUAAUGGCCCUGUUCAAUAUUACCACCUCGUCGGGGGUGGAUCGACGUUUGGCGGAAAGGCUGCCCGAUUUACUGCGCCAGCGGAUGGAGGAGAUACUGCGUCAUCCACGCUGUUUUAGCAACUGCCUGCAGUUUCUCACAAUGCGCGGCGUUUACGACGUGGAGUUGCUUGGCGUGGCGCUGGAGCCGCGUCUCGUGCAGCACGCCUACCGCAACGGACUACCUGGGCGGGAGUACUUCCACCUGGAUGGGUUCGCUCGUCUCCUCGGCCCGCAGGAGUACCAGGGAGCACUGCUCACCGAUCGGCAGCGGCAGCAGAUGGGCCGCCUAUACACGCAGUACAUCCCCCAGCGGGACGGACGCUUUAAGCUAAACAGCACCGAUCGCAUCCUGGUGGAAAUACGGGAGGCGAUCUCUCUGAUCCACCGACCUGUGACCUUCAAGCACAUCCUGCCGCAAUACGAUCGAUGCGACUUGGUGCUUUGCUACGACCACCGCCAGCAGAAGGUUUUGCCCUUGGACACAGAGGCCUGCCAGGAUUACAGCGGAGAGAUUCUAACCCGCAAGCACUUGCUGGGCGAGACAAAGGCGGCGGAUGAUCAGAUGGCCACUGUGGUCAUCGUUAUCGCGGGCUGGAACAACGUGAUCCGCGACAAGGAGCGCUUCACAGGGCAAAUGGAAAUGAAGUUAAAGCAGCUGCGGCAGUUGGGACAUCAGCCCCUGGUGAUCUAUUGGCACGAGUGGCGAGAGCUGGAAACAGCUGCGGACCGCCAGGAUUUCCUUAGACGCCGCCUCAGCCAAGUGGCCAAGAUUUAGUGCACCAUCGUCAAAACUAGCAGCUGCAAAUGGAACCUUAGCCUUAAGAAGAGCAAGACGGAAGAACAAACUGCCAACAACCAACGGAAUGAAAAACGGCUAUAAAUUGGAUAUUAGUCAGUCAUUAGCAUUAUCUGAACAUUGUACAGGCACAACACUACGAUCUAUUAAUUAUCUAGAAAAAAAAGGAAUAAUUAUCGAAUAUUUAAUAAUGACCGCCCGCGGCCACGCGCCAUAAGCCCACAACUACUAGCACAGCGUCUCGCUCCUUGCGACCCUUUUUGGAAGAUGAGGUGAUCAGAGGGUGGCGCUCAUCGCCCGCUUGGUGUACUCGUAGACCAAGAACAGAGUGGCCGUUGCCGGAAUGGUGCGCAGGACAGAUGGCAGGAGGCCACGGUACAGAGCCAGGACACCCUCGCGCCGCACUAUGUCCGCUCCCACGGCGAACAUGCUCUCGUUAAGGUUCUUCACCUGGAUCCGGCUCUUGAUCACGUCCGCCGGAAACGUCGACGUCCACAGACAGACGCCUCCAAUGGCACCGGCGAUCAUCGUACGCAAUGGUCCAAUUUGAUCCUUAGUUUGAUCAUCGCUGCCGGGGAAA